AUGAACUGCGUGUCAGAUUUCUUCACCUACGAGACCACCAAGUCAGUGGUUGUGAAAAGCUGGACCAUUGGGGUCAUCAACCGAGCAGUCCAGCUUUUGAUCAUCUCCUACUUCGUGGGGUGGGUGUUCUUACACGAGAAGGCUUACCAGGUGCGGGACACAGCCAUUGAGUCCUCCGUCGUAACCAAGGUCAAGGGCUUUGGACGCUAUGCCAACAGAGUCAUGGACGUGUCUGAUUAUGUGACCCCACCCCAGGGUACCUCUGUCUUUGUCAUCAUCACCAAGAUGAUAGUUACUGAAAACCAGAUGCAAGGAUUCUGCCCAGAGAGCGAGGAGAAGUACCGCUGUGUAUCAGACGGCCAGUGUGGGCCUGAGCGCUUCCCGAGUGGGGGGAUCCUCACCGGCCGCUGCGUGAACUACAGCUCUGUGCUCCGGACCUGUGAGAUCCAGGGCUGGUGCCCCACCGAGGUGGACACGGUGGAAAUGCCUGUCAUGAUGGAAGCCGAGAACUUCACUAUUUUCAUCAAGAACAGCAUCCGUUUCCCCCUCUUCAACUUUGAGAAGUUCGCCAAGUACUACAAGCUGGAGAAUGGCAGCGAAUACCGCACACUCCUGAAGGCUUUUGGCAUCCGCUUUGACGUGCUGGUGUACGGGAAUGCUGGCAAGUUCAACAUCAUCCCCACCAUCAUCAGCUCUGUGGCAGCCUUCACCUCUGUGGGAGUGGGGACCGUCCUCUGUGACAUCAUCCUGCUGAACUUCCUCAAGGGGGCCGACCAGUACAAAGCCAAGAAGUUUGAGGAGGUGGACGAGACGACGCUGAAGGUCACCGCCUCGGCCAACACAGUGUACCCCAGCGACCAGACCACCGAAGAGAAGCGGUCCACAGAUUCAGGGGCCUACUCCAUCGGCCACUAG